AUGUCUCCUGGUGCUAUAUCAGGAAUAAGUCCGACGCUUGCUUUUGAUCAUCGCUCUAGCAGUCUUCCGCGGCAUUUUACUCGUGGAGGAUUUAGUGCUUCUAGUCAUGCGUCACCACAUCAAGUCUUCUCCGUUCGGGGACCCAUUUCGUCAGGACCAGCGCUUGGAUUUGCUCCACCACCAGGGCAAUUUAUUGGUCCUCUUGCGGACGAUGAAACCCCAGUUCAGCCUGCUCUUGUACCAGACGAAAUUACUGGCGAUCCAAAUCUAGAGGACAGUGUCCGAUGUACUCGAAGUGUUAGUGCUGCUUCACUUUGCAGCGAAUUGCCGAAUACGUCGAUCGGAUGGCAAAGUAACUUAGACACUGCUGCGAAUAGCAACCGAAUGUCUCCAGUUUCUCCGUCUGAUCUCCCUGACUCGCCUACGCAGUGCGCAAAGAUAAUGGAUUUAAAAGGCGACACUUCUACUCCACUGAGCGUCAAAAUUCGUGGUGGUUCGGGCGUUACAUCUAGUGAACCAAAGUCAGGCUUGACAGCGAGCGACACAACCACUGCUAUAGUAGACGACCAGCCAACGCCCACCUUUCCUGCAUUUGUACUUCCCACAGCAAUGCCAUCUGGUAUAUCUGCUACCGUGGAAAAGCCGAAUCCUGAUAAUCGGUAUCAAGAUUCUGCUGAUGAUUUGUAUGCAACUGUCAGUUCCAACUGUGCUGAUGGCGCUGACACAGAUCUGCUAGCAAGAUCAAUUGAAGCUGAAUUACCUCAACCAUCUCCUCGAGUUGGUACUCCUAAGCAGCAGAGGUAA